AUGGCUUGUAUAAAUUAUGAGGAGGAAAGGAAACGAAGCACAAAGAAUGCAACAAAUUCGUGUCAGAUGAAUGCCUAUCACGUAGAUAAAGAGAAGGGUGCUAGAAUUGAAUGUGGUGAGGUUGAGAAUGUCAGGGAUAUAGCCAUAUGUGUCAGGUAUGCCGACUCGUCGACCAUUGUAGAACUAUGGGAUAAUUUAGGACUUUCGGGAGGCAUCAGAGUUCUGAAGGAUCUGGGAUUCAAUCCAAACAUGAAGAUCAAUUUGCAAAAUUUAACCUCGAUGUUAGAAGACGAACUGAUGUCUGCAAGUAAUUCCACCUUAUACAAAUUUGCAAUGUUAACAUACCAGAACGAAUUGAGACACGUUAAAGUUAAUUAUGAUCAAGCUGCUGCUGAGAGGGAGAAGCUCAGAAUGGGAAUUGCAGAAGCUAAUGGAAGGGCUGCAUUACUGGCUCAAGAAGUUGAUGAUCAUCACGCUAAAUUAGAAAAAUCUUCUCAGAAUAAACUUAUGUAUUUAGAAAAGAAAUAUCAAGACCAAAUGAAGGAGCUACAGGAUGAACUUCAAAGAGAACGUGAUAUCCUUGCUGGCCAAACAAAUCGCAUCAAACAGCAAUUCCAAAGGGAGAUAAAUGUUAUACGUGAAGAAGAAGGGAAAUUAAGAAACAGGCUAACUGUCCUCGAACAGGAGAAUUCUAGAUUAGAACAAGAAGUUAUGUUAGCUACUGAAAAAUGCAUGGAAGCUGAACGUUUAAAAGAUGCACAACAGAGAGAACUGGAGACUGUUACAGAGUUGAAGCAAAGGGUAGCUGAACUGGAAUCGGGUCGAGGAUUGCUAAGAGAACAGCAUUAUCAAUCGUUAUUACAAGAGCUGGAAAGUUAUAAAAAUCAAAAUAAGGAACUGCAAGAUCAGAUAGACGAGCUGACAUUAGAAGUAGAGAGCUUAAGACAACAGCUUGCAAAUAGCAGUCGCCCUCAGGGGAAGAGGCACAGGAUCACUGGUUCUUGGUUAUCUGAUUAUACAAAGGAUAACAAUAGUUUGAAAAGAAGAGGUAGCGGUUCUUCGUCAGAGGAUAAUUCUGAUGACGACAGCCCUAUUGUAGGGAAAGUGAGGAGGAGAAUAUUAAUGCUGCCUAGAGAAGAUCAAAACCGUGUGCCAUUUGAGGUAGAAAAAUUGAAAGAACACCAUAAAGAAGAACUAGAUCGAUUGAGAAUCGACUACGAGAAGGUAGUGAAAGACAUCGAGACUUCUUAUAAGAAUCGCGUGACUGAAUUAGAAUCCCAACUAGAAAGUCAGUUUCUAUGGCAACCCGAAGUCGAUCGUGACCAGGUCGACAGUCAAGAAACUAUACAAGCAGAAUCUCAAGACACAAAUAAAAAUGAAGAAACGUCUCGAAUUCUCCAACUACAAGAUGAGGUCAAUCAACUGAAAGAGAAAUUAUCACGGGAAAUAAAAGAGAGAGAUAAUUUAAUAUCACAGAAUGAACAAUCACUAAUUCAGUUAAAGGAUGAAAUGGAAAUUUUGCUGAAACAAGCCGACGAAAAAUUACAAGAACAGCUUCGGGUUAAUCAUGUAUUGCAGAAUACUUUGCAUCAACAAAAGCGAGAAAUGGAAAACAAUCUGCACGAAGAGCAAGAAAAAUUAAAGAGAUUAAUGGAAGAAGAAUUAGAAAAGAGGGUGAAGGAAGCAAAAAACCAAGCUCUGUUAAAAGCUAAAGACGAAGUUAAAAAGGAAUUGCAACAACUGACACAGAACCAUCACGGAGACGACAUCACAAAUCAGAUGAGCAAAGAUCUAAGAAGCAUCAUCCAGAAUAGUCGACAAAAUAGAUUGUGUGGUGAAGAAGAAAGUUACGAUUCUUAUCUUCAACAAGAAGUAGAAGAAUUAUUAACAAGGACUCUGAGAAUCGUCGAAGCUAGAUUAGAAAGUAAUCAUCUUCAAGAACAAGACAAGUUAAAGCAACAAUGGGAAGAAGAGAUGAAUCAGCUGAGACAACAACAGAUAAUGGAACGACUGGAAAUGGAAUUACAACAUAAAGAAGAAUUGCAGAUGGUGUGCGGGGAUUCUGUUGCUGUACCCCAAGCCAUGGAGCCAACCAAGAUCGACGUUUUAUUGAAGGAUCUUUACCUGGAGAAUUCUCGACUACUCAGAGAGCUGCAAAUGUCGGAAGAUAGACAACAUAGAGCCGAACAGACUAAUACACGUCUACAAUACAAGUGUAAGGUGUUAAGUAAACUGGUGACCGACAUCACUAGAGCAGCAGUGUCGUGACCUGCAAUUCAAGUGUCGUGUAAACACGACUUCUCUUAACUUUUAUUGUUUUUUUCUGUCUUUCUGGCACCUGUGUCUAUCGAAUUAAUUAGUGAGAUUGCCACAUAUGUAAAUAUAAUUCACAGUUAACUUCGACUUGCCAGAAUUCUUCCAGGACAUUAUUUUUUUUUUGUUUUUAAUUUUACGACGCGCUGGAAGCUUGUAAAGUUUGUGCAUAUGUCUCUAAAUAAAGUAUAUAAGUUGUUGAAAA